AGUCUUGCAACUUGAAAGCAGUCGCUCGCUUCAAAAGAAUCGAAGCAAAGAUGGACUCCUGAGAAAUUUUUAUAUAUACACAUAGCAGUCGUGCGACUUUGGAACAUCUCCAUCGUUAAAUUUCACCGAAGCGCGCCCGGUGGGCCGACGUUCUGUUUAUGAUCACGCUGGCAGUGUGAACGAUGAUCGUGCAGGAGCCAGUGCAGGCAGCCAUAUGGCAUUGUUUGAAUCAUUAUGCUUAUCCAGAUGCUAUAUUCCUGGCAGAAAGACUGUGUGCAGAAGUGGACACAGAGGAAAGUUUGUUUCUUUUGGCAACAUGUUAUUAUCGUUCUGGCCGGAUUAGACAAGCUUAUGCUUUAUUAGCUCAAAGGGCACCCAGUUCAGCCCAGUGUAGAUUUCUAUUAGCAAAAUGUUGUUACGAUCUGGAAAAAUAUGCCGAAGCAGAAGCUGCGAUAAUCGGCGGAUAUUACAAGCAGUUAAAGAAUCUGGAAGAAAUAAUAGCUCAGUUUGGGGAACAGGCAUGCUUUUCCCUGCAGAUAAUAGCGAAGAUUUAUUACAAAAUGAUGCGUACCGCAAGAGGCAACGAGGCGCACAAGCUGGCCUUAAAACUGAAUCCCUUCCUCUGGCAUUCGUUCGAGGAGCUUUGCAACGUUGGCGAGAAGGUGGACCCCGCCAAGGUUUUUCAACUAGACAAACUAGAUUCGUUCGCCAUGUGCCAUGGUACCACGUCUACGCUCAACUAUAUCGCCGAGCCGGAUUUCAUUGUACCUGGGAAUAACGCCAAUAGUACACCAAUGUCAAAUGGCACUAACACCACGCCCGUGCAAACGACGACAGCGCCGACGUUGAUAAACGGCGGCCAGGUACCGCAAGUGCGAUUGUGUUCCGCUAUAGAAGACACCCCGCAAAACGCGUCGGUUCAUAGCAACUGUUCCUCGAUAUCGCCGAGGGCCAAACACAUGUCGCGUUACCGCAGCAUGUUCAGCAACUCCAUGAGCCCGCUUACGCCUAGCUUCGGUAUCUUGCCGCUCGAGAGCAACACGCCUGAGCCAACUGCCCCGCCCUCGCACGCGACUCUCACAGAAGCGAACGAUCAGAAGAGCCUGGCGAAACGCGUUAGUAAUCUAAGAGCUCAUGUAGGGCAAUUGAUGUCGAGAAAAGAGACGCCGCUGCAGCAGGGCAAAUCUGUAUUUUCCCAGUCGGGCAAUGCUAGCAACACUGCCUACAUUGUGACAGUGACAGCCGCCAAUCCGACUUCGCCUCCGUCGCCGACAUUUCAGGGCACAAAUGUCAGACGUUCGUCGCGGCUCUUCAGCCACAAUUCAGUAAAGGAAAAUAAUAAGUCACCUAAUAGGAACAAAUUCGCCACCCCGAAGUCUCCGUCUAGGAAGACAAAAGCGAGACUCGCCAAGGCAAAUUUGAACAAAACUAAUUUCAAUGAGCUGAACGAGAGGAAUAGGAGUGAAAAGGAAAAGAGUGAAACGGUGACGUCGGAGAAAGCUGUAGCUAAUGCGAACGCACUCAACACUCAGAACAAUAAUAUGCACUCUGGGAUAACAUUACAAAAGCAGUCAGCAGAGGGACUGAUGUCUUUGCUGCGAGAAUUAGGCACCGCAUAUCAACACUUGAGCCAGUUCAAGUGUUCGCUGGCGGUCGAAAUACUAAGCAUACUGCCGACGCAACACUACAACACUGGUUGGGUGCUUUCUAUGCUAGCUCGUGCGCAUUUCGAAAUGAUGGAUUACAAAAAGGCUGCAAGUUAUUUCGCCGAAGUGCGGCAGCUGGAGCCGCAGAGAACGGAUCUGAUGGAGAUUUACAGCACCGUUCUGUGGCAUCUGCAUUCCGAAGUACAGUUGUCCACGCUCGCUCAAGAUCUAGUUUCCCAUGAUCGUAAUUCCGCCGCGGCGUGGUGCGCCACGGGCAAUCUUUUCUCGGCGCAAACGGAACACGAGACUGCAAUCAAGUUUUUCCAAAGAGCUAUUCAGGUGGAUCCUAAUUUCCCGUAUGCCUAUACGUUACUAGGACACGAAUACGUCCUGACUGAAGAGUUGGAUAAAGCGAUUACUGCUUUCCGCAAUGCCAUCAGACUUGAUUCUAGACAUUACAAUGCGUGGUUCGGAUUGGGAACGAUAUUUUCGAAACAGGAACAAUACAGCUUAGCGGAAUUACAUUUCAAACGUGCCCUGCAAAUAAACCCGCAGAAUUCUGCGAUAAUGUGCCACAUAGGCGUCGUGCAGCACGCCUUGAAGAAGACCGACCAGGCGUUGAAGACUUUGAACACCGCGCUAAUUAACGAUCCGGAUAAUACUUUGUGCAAGUUCCACCGCGCGAGCAUUAAUUUCUCCAUCGGUCGACACACGGAAGCUCUCAGAGAGUUCGAGGAGUUGAAGAAUAUUGUACCCAAAGAAUCUCUAGUCUAUUAUUCGAUAGGAAAGGUACACAAAAAAUUAGGCAAUACCCAUCUCGCGUUAAUGUACUUUAGUUGGGCAACCGAUCUAGAUCCGAAGGGCGUUAAUAGUCAAAUUAAGGAAGCUAUCUUGAGUCCGGGUCAAGGAGACGACGAUUCUCCGCCGACGCAAUCAGACGAACAACAAGCACAAAAUAAUACAAUGGAACAGGACAUCGAAACAAGUAGAGAAGGAAGCGCCGCACCACUCGCCGGGAACGUCUCCGUUGAGCCGCACGCCGAUGACAGCGACGAUAGUUUAUGAAAGCGAUGUGCGAGGUUUCCGUGAAAAAGAAUGAAGCGGCAUUGCAGGCGCGUCAUUAUCAUUAUUGGCCCCUUGAAUCGUUCCUUUGUUCUAAAAACCUGCCCGGCACUCGCGGAAUCGGUAAAGUAAUUUCUGAUUGAAAAAUUCAAUAACCGUCGAUAUUUUCGCGAACUGUUUCACGUGACAAUUUUUCGGUUUCAUUCUGCGUUCUGGAAUUUUCUUUCCAUCUGGCACGACCCCCGAAGCCUCCCCCCCCCCCCUCCUGAAUGCACGAGUGCGGUGCUCUUGACAAUAGAAGACAUUGCGCGUGUCGUGAUCCUCCAUCGACUUGUACAUUACGCGUUUGCCUCUCUGUAUAUUUUUUUACGAUUGCUCGAUCAUCUUUUAUAUUUCUUCGUGCGUUCUACAAUUGUGCCUCUCUCAUGUCUUAUUUCGCCGCGCGGGCUAAAACCCUUUAACGAAACUUUUAAGCAAGGCUUAGAAAUAAGAGGAACAAGGUGGAAGAAAAGAAAAGGAAAAAAAAAAAGGAGAAAGGGUUUGGUUCUCAUUCGCGGAUGAGGCGUCGGAGACUCACGAUUGAGUGGAGACUACAAAGCGUCGUGAAAGGUUGAACGAACGUUAAACGUUUAAGCAUGUCGUACAUAGUUAGGUAGUGUAAUUAAUUAAUCGUUCGCGUAAAGAGGAAGAGUCUUGUGUAAAUGUAAAUUAUUAUUAUUGUAUCUACCGCUAUCAAUUGCUACUACUAUUAGCGCUAUGAUUACUAUUAUUAUUAUUCGUAUGAUUAUCAUUGUUGAUUUAGUGGAUUGUGGAGAUAUUUUCCGGCCGGCUCGGCAUCGAAGCGGCCGAUCGGACGAUCGUGCAAUUCCCGUCGUGAAGUCGAUCUCUCGAUCGAUCGUACGAGCCCGAGGCGUUUCACGAUUUCGGUGAUAUGGUAAUCGUACGCGAUUAUACUCGGCCCCGAUCUCGACUUGAUUCCCAAAAUUUAGCACAGCCCACCUCGCAGAGAUGUCUAUAUAUAUAUAUAUAUACACACACACACACACACACACACACACACACACACACACACACAUCCAAGAAACACUUGUCGGAUUUACUCUAAAUUACUGGAAGCUCACACAAGCAUUCACAGCGUCUUUGCGUCGAUAUUAAGUGUACAAUACCGUUGCCGAUCUCGCGUAUCGAAUUAUCCGGAGCGGAGAUCGCCGCUCGUCGUUUCUGGCAGAGUAAGCAUAUACGUGUGCAUGUACGUGUAUACAUGUAUGUACCGCGCGUGACUGUAACAUUUUAUAUUGUACACGUAAUUAAACGGAAAAGACACGUAACGGAAGAGAGAAAAGAAAAAAAUAGACGAAUUUCCGACUGAGAGA